UUUCUUCCUUGGAUCCGCCUUUGUCGCUGAGCAGGGUCUCUGCUUCCCCUGGCGCUGGGGAAGAACUGCACCUCAAGCACGGAUUGCUCGAGCACGGCUGCAUGUCUCGCGGGGCGGUGUCGCUGUCCCGACGGUUACCAGCCUUCCGACGAGCGGGACUGCAGCGCCUUCAGGCAAAGCGAAGUCAUCACAUCCUGGUUCGCUCCCAUGAUUUUGGCCUCAAGCAUCCUCCUCAUCCUCAUGCUUGUUCUCUUCGUGUGCGUCGUGGGAUAUCGUGGUCGGCACUCGGAGUGGAUCUUCUGGAGACCCGGACGUCCUGCAGCGUCGGCCUCCACCCUCGUCGUGUCCGCCCAGGCGAGCUUGUGUGGCGGUGACCCCACGGCUAGCACCUUGGUCGUGCCCGCUCUGACCAUCGAGUCGGCUGGCGUGGUCGCCGAUAGUGACCGGCUCAGCACGGGCGUCACUGACACUCCACUCGCCGCGCAACCCCACGAAGGACGCGAAUCCUGGCAAGGCUCCAUGAUGGAGAUGAGCACCCAAGCCCCAAGCAUGAGCGAACUACGGGGCCUGGGCGGCACGCUGAUCGAACCAUUCGAGCGUCCCGUGCUCAGCAAGGAGCAAGUGUACGCCAAGUAUCCGCACCUUGCCGGAUUGUCCUCGCCCACGUCCCAGCGAUCAGUGCAGGUCGCCGGCCAUAGCGAGAGCCCUGUCUCCGAGGGGGCCUCCGACGAGGUACGAAACAGUUUACAAAUGAGCUUCUUCGAAGAAGGAAACGGAAUUGACUUAAACGGCACGAAUCGUAGCGCAGCAAGGACAAAGACCUAGGAAGAAGCGAAACAGAGACAAAUGCGCUAACAUUCAACAGUGAAAUUAUAUUUCGAGAUUGGCUGUACCUGUACGUACGCAAGAGCACGAGCACGGGGAUUU